AGAACCAAUUCAUACCGAUUGUCGUUGAAUCAACUCGGAAACUCGGUAAACCCAUUCUCUAUGUUAUAUUGACAUUCGCCACCGUCAAAGUAUCUCAUUCUCUGUAUUGCUACAUGCGAAAUCUUACAAUGUCGUCUUCUUCAUCAACCUCAACUGCAACUGAUGCUGAAACUCUCCAGCGAAACAGAAUUCUCUCCAGCAAGCUCUACUUCGAUGUUCCCCUUCCAAGGCAUCCAUUUGAUUCUUCUAAAUGGGGUCGCAUAUGCCAGUUCCUCAAUUUGGAUGGUGUUUUGGACAAAACUCGUAUUGUUGAGCCAAUGGAAGCGUCAAAAAAGGAUCUCCUUGUGGGAACAUGUAGAAGAUCAAUUUGGAAAUUGAGUUGUUGCAAUGAAACAAUCAAAACCCUCAAUUCUGAUUUUCUCCAAAGUGGACAGCACUAAGGUUCGUUGACAAUCCUUCAAUAUUCAGAAAAAUCUCCACUCCCACGGCCUCAGUUCAGCACUGUUUGAUUACCAGGAAAAAAAAAUGUACACAGGUAACUGAUGCCUGAUUUCAUAAACAUACAAAUGUAGCAAGUAUACUAGUCGCAUAAAGUAAUAAAGUGA